AUGGCUGAUGGAAAGGCUUCAUUUUCUCUUUCUGGCAAGGUUUCCGAGUUCAAAAAGGACUGGGAGACAUGGAUAAGACGACAGAUCAAGGAACGCGGUGGCGAUCGAAGCGUGCUCUCCGACACUACUCCCCCGACAGAAAUCAGAGAAGCCCUCGCUGUUCUCGCAGAGCACCUCCCCACCGUGACCGUCGACGAACUUGAGAGGGCCUUCAGCAUUGCCCAGAACAUCAACUACUACCCCAUUACCGAGUCCUCCGAGAAUCCGAUGCCCAAUAACCUCACACCAGAUGAAAAGAAAUGCAUUCGUGAUGAGAGAGAACAUGUCUUCUCGCAGCCCGGAAUGCCAACCAUCAUCAUCACCGUCUCUCUCGCUGCUUUCCUUCAGGGACAUGUGCAGGCUUCGAUCAAUGCAGCUGAUAUUUACGCCAUGGAUGUGUCGAACCCUCUACACCUACCUACAGGCGAUGAGACUUGGACUUCUGGGGCCAUGAAUGCGAUGCCCUACUUCACCGCAGCUUUGCUAGGUUCGCCCAUGUCCCUUCCUAUCAAUAUCUGCAUCGGUCGUCGGGGGGCUCUCACGGUGUCCGCCUUGUUGAUCAUUGCAAGUUCCAUUGGUUCUGCGUUCUGUCAGACAUGGCUCGAACUGCUCUUGGUUAGAAUCAUUGCUGGUUUUGCGAUGGGUAUCAAAGCAGUUAGUGCGCCCGUUCUCGCGUCCGAAACAGCCGUCCGGUUCUGGAGAGGCUCUAUUGUACUAGCUUGGCAGCUCUGGUAUGUUAUUUUCCGCUUCUUGAUGACUCUCUCUGAUACCUCUAGGGUUGCAUGCGGUAUCCUCAUGGGGUCUGUCAUCAACAUGGUAAUAGCUGAUGCCACUGGAUACCUAGGACAAGAUGGAGAAAACAGAUCGCGACUCGCUCUUCGCCUUAUUCUCGGUGCUCCAGCCGCUCCAGCGCUCUUCCUACUCAUCGCCGUGGCUAUGUGCUAUGAGAGUCCACGAUACUACAUGCGUUCCGACACUCCUGGUUACAGCAUCGACCGUGCCUUUCAGAUUCUACUCAAGAUCAGAUCUCAUCGGGUAAGACCUGAUAACCUUAUUGUCAUGGUAGUGGCUAACUCGGUACGACUAGCUUCUGGCCUUGCGUGA